CCUGCAUGUCAUAUCUAUCCACGUGGGACGUGCUCCAAUUUCACCUCUUUUCUCAAAACUUUCAAUUUUCAAAGUUGAACCAUUCACGCCAAGAACACUCCAUUUCACCACCACCAAAACUCGCAUCUUGCUGGGGCAUAUCCCCAAACAAGAAACUUCCUUUUCUAUUUAUCUAUUCAAUUCAACAAAUAUAGGAAACUUAAAUUGCCAAAUUGCCUACGAUUCUUGCGUUGUACUUGCACAAGAUUCAGAGAGAGAGAGAGAGAGAGAGAGGCGUAGCUGUCAUGCUUGUGCGUUGUGGAGAAGAUCGUCAUCUACCACGCUUGAUUAUAUCCUUCCCUUUGUCCCUUCUCACACAUCAUCUCAACAAAUCUACACUCAUGAUCCAUCUUCUUUCUUCCACCGAUAAUUGCAAUACUUUAUUUACUACUACUGUUUGGUCGCCCACAAUCGGCAAAGAGGGUUUAAUUUAAGAUUAAUUAGCUUCGGAUUCCUGUUAAUCGGUGGAGUCUACUGGAAAAGUGGCGGCGGAAUUUUGAAGCUUUGGCUUUACUCCUCAACUGGAGCGAUCGCUUUUCCAAGAAAUGAUCAAGGUGGAAGAUUGAAGGGAAAGGAAAGUGAAGAUUCCAAUCAAUACCAGACAGAGUGAAAUGGCGACCCCCGUGGAGCCCCCAAAUGGAUUUAGGCCAAUAGGAAAACAUUACUACACAAUGUGGCAUACGUUGUUCGAAAUCGACACCAAAUACAUUCCCAUCAAGGGCAUAGGCAGAGGGGCGUAUGGGGUAGUUUGUUCAUCGAUAAAUAGGGACACGAACGAGAGGGUGGCGAUCAAGAAGAUCAACAAUGUUUUUGGGAAUCGCGUUGAUGCACUGAGGACUUUGCGAGAGCUGAUGCUGCUGCGAUGCAUCAAGCAUGAGAACGUCAUCGCCCUCAAGGAUGUGAUGAUGCCCAGUAACUGGAGGGGUUUUAAGGAUGUUUAUUUGGUGUAUGAGUUGAUGGACACCGAUCUUCAUCAGAUUAUCAAGUCCUCACAGCCUUUGUCGAAUGACCAUUGCAAGUUCUUCAUCUUUCAGCUGCUUAGGGGGUUAAAAUAUCUACAUUCUGCAAACAUUCUUCACCGGGACCUGAAACCCGGGAACCUCCUCGUCAAUGCAGACUGUCAGCUAAAAAUAUGUGAUUUUGGACUUGCACGUACUAGCAGAGACAACGGGCAGUUCAUGACUGAAUAUGUAGUCACGAGAUGGUACCGUGCACCAGAGCUGCUGCUUUCCUGUGACAACUAUGGAACCUCCAUUGAUAUCUGGUCCGUGGGAUGCAUCUUAGCAGAAAUUCUUGGCCGGAAACCAAUCUUUCCGGGUACUGAUAGCCUCAGUCAACUCAGACUUAUUAUCAGUGUUCUUGGCAGCCAACCUGAAGCUGAUCUCAAGUUUAUAGACAAUGCAAAGGCGAGGAAAUAUGUGCAGUCACUCAACUUUCCUGGAAGAGUGCACUUUUCUUCUUUAUAUCCGCAUGCGGACCCUUUGGUGAUAGAUUUGUUGGAGAGGAUGCUUGUAUUCGAUCCUACCAAAAGAAUUACUGUUGCAGAGGCGCUCUGCCACCCUUACAUUGCAAGUUUGUACGACCCGAGCUGCAACCCUCCGGCCCAGUAUAAGAUCAAUGUCGAUAUAGAUGAGAAUAUCGGGGAACCAGUUAUUAGGGAGAUGAUGUUGAGAGAGAUGCUCUAUUACCACCCUGAAGCUGCCUAUGCCAGUGCAGUAUAUUAAGGUUUCAGAAAAACAUUCUGCUUGCAGAAGAAGGUGACGCAGACGAAGAAACGACGAAGAACAGCAAAAGAGGAAUCAAUUUCUUGUCUGCUGAGAAGAGGAGUUGUAUUCAUUGGUGUUGGCUUUAAAGGUUCCGAAAAAGAUGGAUGCAGGAGCUUGUGGGUUAUAAUUGAAUCGUUAAUCUAAGAUAUUUUCAUGAGACAGAUAUAGUUCAUGAUAUGUAAUUUGUUUUGUAAUUAGUUUUUUGGUUUGAGAAUGUUUGUCAGGCCAUUGCUAUAGCAUAUUUCUUAUAGCUGCUGCUUGAGGAUUAUGAGUUCUAUACUACGGCGGUUUGUAGUCUUUCAAGAUUGAGGUCUGGAAUAAUAUAUAUAGCAUACUAGUGCGCAGAGCACGGUAAAGUGAUCGAUUUUAUAGUUCA